AUGAACCAUAUAAAGCUUCCCUAUAACCGACGAAACGGGGCCCAGUUGGGUAUUGGAAUUGAAAGUCCCAGCCUGUAUUUACCAGAAACAAUUAAACCUCCACAAAAAGACCUGAAGUCCAAUAGUCCAUGGCUUAAAAGUCAACUACAUGAUAUACCUGCUACUAUCCCUAAAUUGACCUCAUCACUAAAACCGUCAAUCAUUGAGUUACAGGAUGCAGAUAUGCCAGACCAGUCCGUAAUAACCAGUAGUUCUCGAAGUGAUCUAGAUAAUGAUAGCACCAUUUUGACAGAUGAUAAUCACAUGUUUUGGGAGAGUAUACUAGCAUCCAGGCGUAAUUGGGGGCCAUUAUCACCUAGAGUAACGAGUGAUAUUCAAAUAUAUCCCUCAGUAAUUUCCAAUAUAGACUUAUCUUAUCAGAUCAAAGAGGCAACUCCUGUUUCUACUCAUCCUUUUGUUCCUCGAGAUGUUAUUUCAAGUUCAAAGCGCAAAGAUACAAAACACGAGCGUAAUAAGAACUCUACUGGGCUUCUGAAAACAUUCGAUCCAAUAGUUGGCGAUUUAAUUGAUGUUGGUAUAAUUCAGACACUAAAUGAUAUACGGAAAGGGGUAGAUGGUACCGAAAUAAUUGUAUAUGUAUGUGGCAAUACCAGUUCAACCCUUUGCAUAUCUCGUUAUACAGAUGACAGUUCUUACCUUUUACCGACCUACAUUAAUUUACAAUCUCCAAUAAAAAAUAUCAAAAUUGGUCGCCUAUCUAAGAAUAUGCUUCGUGCUUCAGACUGUAUAGGGAUACUUACGGAAAACUCCUUUUAUGUCUUGAAGCUGCACCAACUUCAUGAUCCAGAGUCAAAUUUAUCUUAUAUAUUAUACGGGCCUUUGACAUUCAAUGAAUUUAAUGAUUUUACAUUUGCUGAUUUUGCCUUUAAUCCAUGGGAUAUUGAAGAAUUUGCUUUAGUAGAUAUCAAAGGAAAUUGGAUAAUCGGAUCUAUACCGAAGCUUAAUAAGCAUGCUGCUACUGGGAAAUUAUUUUUGAAAAGACAUUUUUCAGGUACGAUAUUUGAUAUUGAGGAACAAUCGAGAUGGAAGAAAAUUGAAUGGUCUCUGAGCUCAUCACGGAUUCUAAUUCUCAAUAGAUCGCAAAUGGUUGAAGUUGAUUAUAGAGAGAAUUGGCAAUUACAAAUAAUAGAGGCCAAAACCUGGUCUCGAUUACGUGAUUAUAAGAGAGUUGAUGAUACAAUUAGCGUUUUGUUGACAUCUAGAGAGAUAAUUAUAAUAUCUACUAAGGAUAAUGAUGGAGAUCUUAAAAGAGAGUUAUCCUGGAAACAUGAUUUGGAUCCGAGUGACUGUACUAUUCGAAUGUUUAUUCAGCGGCGUAGAGAGCCUACCGUAAACUUAUUUUCCAUGUUUAUAACUUCGAAAAGACACAAUAAGGUAUAUGUACAUGUGUUCUCCAUUGAUUCAGACGAUAAAAUUUUACAAUCAUAUGAUGAAUCCAAAUUAUUAAAUAUUCCUGGACUCGAAAAUGGCAUUGAUUCUAUUGCCUUUGAAUAUCUAGGACAAGAUACGUAUGAAGGUAAUGCAACAGAGCCCGUACAACGAGAAUAUAAGAUGUUUAUAAGGAAUAAUGAUGAUCUAAAGGUAUUAGUUUUUCUGGUGAAUUCAUCGGUGCUUCCAGAUCAAGAGCAAGAACAUAUUUCAGACUCCGACUUAAAACUUGCUGAAGGAAGUACUGUACCUGAUACAUAUUCUGAUAACCUAUUAUCGUUGUUUACAGAAUUAGAUAACAAGCUAAAUGAUGAUAAAGUACCUGCUUAUGCUGUAGAAGAAGAGGGCGACAUUUUUCAAGAAUAUGGCUAUCGGCUAUCUGACAAGAUGAACCAGUAUCUGGAAAAUGCAUUCGCAGUUACCAGAGAGAGUGUAUUACCGUUUGAUUUAUGCUUAAAAGUAGAGGAUCUGACUGAUGUUCCUGGUUAUAUACACGAUUUUUCCGAAUUCGAGUCUCUCUUGGAUCAAUUUUUUCAAUAUUAUAAUGACCAAGACGUGACGUUUACAGACAUUAAGGGAAUCUUUCAAUUGUUGCUUGGUGAAAAUAUCGCAAACUUGGAUCUUGUAUAUAAUAAAUUACUACAAUGUUGGGUACUCGCUUCUGAAGAUGCAAAAUAUUUAACAAAAGAGGUGUUGAAAAACGUUAUAUGGGCUUCUCUACGAUUUUCAAAACGUUCUAAUUAUGAUACUUACGAAACUGAAAUUUAUCGUACGUUAGAUGACUCGUACAGGAGUGUCAUUGAUUCAUGGGACAACCUUUCUGAUCUCGAAAAUGAACAUGAGGUAAAUAGUUCAAGAUCGACUCUACCGUUGCACAGUCAACCACAAUUCUCUUUCAAUAGCCAAUCUCAAAUUCCGACUAUCAAAUCAUCUCAAACGAGAAGUCAAAGAAGUAGUAUACGACCAAAAUCCAAUAGAGUUAAUAAAACAAAAUCAAGCAAUGGCUUUUCAGCCUCUCAAGACCCUAGACAAUUCUCUCAAAUGUCAUCUCAAUUGACGAAUUCUAUAUCAAGCACUUUACCAGACACGAUGACGCCGGCUUUUACAUUAAUGCAGCCAGUAUCUACUUUAUCGGCGGGCUCGUCAGGGACUCCAAUCGGUUCUCAAAGUAGAAGUUCACAAAGAGGCAAGAAGAAAAAGAAAAAGGUCGGUGGAUUUGGCUAA